AUGACUAAAUGGAGAAAAGCAAUGGAAGUAUUUAAUACGCAUGUUGGUGGUGUAGCUAGUGCUCACAAUGAUGCGAGAACACAACUUGAGGCUUUUAAAAAUCAACAACAAAGCGUGUCACAUUUGCUACAAGCACAGAGGCGUGAAAUGGAGGUUGCAUAUCGCACUCGAUUAACGGCAACUUUAGAUGUUACACGCUUUCUUUUGAAACAAGGUUUGUCUUUCCAUGGACAUGACGAGUCAUUGAAUUCUUCAAAUAAAGGUAACUUUCUUGAAUUGAUUGAGUGGUAUACCCAAAGAAAUGAUGAGGUUGCCAAGACCAUGAAUGAAAAUGCCCCUGGAAACAAUCAAAUGAAGUCUCCAACAAUUCAAAAGGAUUUAACACGGGCUUGUGCUGCUGAAGUCACAAAUGUCAUUCUUAAUGAUAUAAAAGACAAUAUAUUUUCUCUUAUGGUCGAUGAGUGUCGAGAUAUUUCAGUCAAAGAACAAAUGGGAGUUGUUUUAAGAUACGUGAACAAAUAUGGAUGUGUUAUUGAAAGAUUUCUUGCUAUUGUACAUGUGUCUGACACUUCUGCUAUUUCUUUAAAGAAGGCUAUUGAUGAAUUGUUUGCAAAAUAUAAGUUGUCAUUAUCAAGAUUGAGAGGUCAAGGAUACGAUGGAGCUUCAAAUAUGCGAGGUGAGUAUAAUGGAUUGAAGGCUCUUAUAUUGAAGGAAAAUUCAUCUGCAAGGUAUGUCCAUUGUUUUGCUCACCAACUUCAACUAGUUGUUGUUGCAGUUGCUAAAAGCAAUCGAAUUGUGAGUGAUUUCUUCCAAUAUGUUACUAUGAUUGUGAAUAUUACUAGUGCUUCAUGCAAAAGAAAAGAUAAGUUUAGACAACUUGAACAUGAUAGACUUGUAGAAUGUUUGGAGAAAGGAGAUAUUGUUAGUGGCAAAGGAAAAAAUCAGGAAAUCAGUUUAAAACGACCAAGGGAUACUUGUUGGGGUUCACAUUACAUGACUAUUAUCCGUUUGAUGUCUACGUGGACUUCUGUUUUACAAGUGCUUGAAAAUGUGUAUGAUGAUGGUACUAAUGAUGAUAAUAGUGGUAUCGCCACCAGUUUAAUUGAUAAGAUGGAGAGUUAUGAAUUUGUGUUUGUGAUACAUUUGAUGAAAUCUUUAUUGCGAAUCACAAAUGAAUUGUCACUUGCCUUACAACAAAAGGAUCAAAACAUUAUACUGGCUGUCAGUUUGAUCAAGACAAUGAAAGUUCGAUUACAAAAAUUGAGAGAGGAAGGAUGGGAGAAUUUUUUGGACGUCGUCAACAAAUUUUGUAAUAACCAUAUGAUCCCAGUUCUUGAUAUGAUGGUUCAAGAGAUGAGUAAUCGGUUUUCAGAAUCAAGUACGGAGGUACUUACUUGCAUUGCUUGCUUAGAUCCAAAGGACUCUUUUUCUCAAUUUGAUAUUGGUAAGCUACUCCACCUUGCUGAACUUUAUCCGGAGGACUUUUCAUUGACUGAUCGUGCUAUACUUGAGGACCAACUUGAGACUUACAUUCAAAAUGUACGAGGUGAAUUUUCUAUGAUUGAAUAUUUGGGAAGUUUUGCUAAAAAGAUGGUUAAAACGGGGAAGAAUACAAUUUUUCCAUUGGUAUAUCGUUUGAUCGAGUUAGUAUUAGUUUUACCAGUUACAACUGCUUCUGUUGAAAGAGUUUUUUCUGCGAUAAAAAUUAUCAAGACUGAUUUGCGUAAUAGGAUGGGGGAUGAGUGGAUGAAUGACAGUUUGGUAGUAUACAUCGAGAAGGACAUUUUUGCUACAAUUGAAAAUGAAUAA